UUUUACUAAAAGUUUCGGUUCGGUUCGGUUCAAUUUUAUUUUAACCAUUUUAGAAUUUAGAUUCAUUCGGUUAGAUUUUCAGGAAUAAAAAAAAAAUAUAUAUAUAUCAAAACAGAAGAACAUGAGAAACCAAAACCCUAACCAUUUAACACCUUAAUUCAGUUUUAUAGAAACAGGAGGAACUCUUGACCUAUUUCAGCAAACCGGAAAGGAAAACCUGUUGGGCGAUUGAUAAAUGGAAGUCGAUGAUGAAAUAAUCAAACCUAAAGAGAAUGAAGAAGAUAACAGAAAACCCAUAGUGGUUAUACUAAUUGGUGCUCCUGGCAGUGGUAAAUCAGUCUUCUUUGAUAAUGUUAUGCGGGUUUCUACCCGACCCUGGGUUCGGGUUUGUCAGGACACGAUUGGGAACGGCAAAUCCGGAACAAAAGCACAAUGUUUAGCUUUAGCUUCCACCUCAUUAAAAGAUGGAAAAAGCAUAUUUAUUGACAGAUGCAAUCUUACUAUAGAACAACGCGCAGAUUUCAUUAAACUCAAAGAAUCUUACCUAGUAGACAUCCAUGCUGUAGUUCUUGAUCUUCCCGCAAAGCUUUGCAUAUCUCGAUCUGUAAAACGAACCGGGCAUGAAGGAAAUCUACAAGGUGGAAAAGCAGCUGCUGUUGUGAAUCAAAUGCUGCGUAAGAAAGAACUGCCCAAGUUAAAUGAAGGGUUUACGCGAAUAAUGUUUUGCCAAACUGAAAACGAUGUUCAGGAAGCUGUUAAUACGUAUGGGGCACUUUCUUCUUCAGAUAUCCUUCCAUCCGGCGUGUUUGGAGAGAAAAAGACGGAUACUAAAGUCCAACUUGGGAUUAUGAAGUUUUUAAAACGAGUCGAUGCUCCAAGUAAAGUAACAUCUGAUAAAACUAUCUCUGAGCCAUCAAAUCAUCAUGUUGAUGAACGGCAAGAGCAAAGUGGGACCCAGCCUUUAGACGGUGUUCCAACUUUAGCAUUCCCUUCUAUAUCUACUGCAGAUUUUCAAUUUAAUACUGAAAAGGCGUCUGAUAUUAUAGUUGAGACAGUUGAGGAAUUCGUACACAAGAUUGGGAACGGAAGGCUUGUUUUAGUUGACAUAUCUCAUGGGUCAAAGAUAUUGUCUUUGGUGAAGAGUAAGGCUGCUGUAAAGAACAUUGACCCGACUAAAUUUUUUACGUUUGUGGGGGAUAUCACAAAGCUUCGGUCAGGAGGCGGCUUGCACUGUAAUGUGAUAGCCAAUGCUGCUAACUGGAGACUGAAGCCCGGUGGUGGAGGUGUAAAUGCUGCUAUAUUUGAUGCCGCGGGUCCAGACUUGGAGACCGCAACUAAGAAACGGGCUGGAUCGCUUUCUCCCGGAAAAGCAGUUACAGUUCCUCUUCCUUCAACUUCUCCCUUGUUUUCUAAACAAGGUGUAACACACGUCAUACAUGUGCUUGGCCCGAACAUGAAUCCAAAAAGACCAAAUUGCCUCAACGAUGACUAUACCACUGGAUGCAAAAUUCUUCGAGAGGCUUACUCGUCUCUUUUUGAAAACUUUGCAUCUAUUGUGAGAACUCAAGAGAAAUCAUCUGAUUGUGAGGCUUCAAACUGUGACGAUGAGAAAACCAAGAAGCUAAAAGGAUUUAUUGAAGUUAAUGAAUCUAAUAACUCGAAAAAGGAUUGGGGAACAUGGGGUCAAGCGCUUUACAAGAUUGCCAUGCAUCCCGAGAAACAUAGGAAUGGUGUCGUUGAGAUUUUGGAUGACGUUGUCGUCUUGAACGAUGUUUACCCCAAGGCACAAAGGCACAUUUUGGUGAUUGCAAGAGCUGAUGGUCUUGAUCGGCUUGCAGAUGUAAGUCGGAAACACCUUCCUAUAUUAAGGACAAUGCACAACGUGGGUGUCAAGUGGGCUCGAUCUUUUUUAAAGGAAAAUCAGUCAUUGGUAUUCCGCCUUGGAUACCAUUCGUCACCUUCAAUGAGACAACUACACCUUCAUGUGAUAAGCCAGGAUUUCGACUCGAAACAUCUCAAGAACAAGAAGCACUGGAACUCAUUCAAUUCUCCAUUCUUCAGAGACUCCGUAGACGUAAUUCAACAAGUUAGUGAAGAGGGGAGACCGACACUAAAUGACGAUCAGAAAUUCAUGUCAAUGGAGUUGAGAUGCAACCGUUGCAGAAGCGCACAUCCAAACAUUCCUAGGCUCAAAUCACAUAUCGCCAUUUGCAAAUCACCCUUUCCUGCCAAUUUGCUGCAAAAUGACCGGUUACUGCAGAAUGCACCAAACAAAGAUGAUAAUGUGUAGUGUAAUCAGUUGUAUGUUAUAGACUUUUAUAAAGUCUGAUGGCACUUUUUUUGGUGGGAUAUUGGAGUAAGGUGUGGGUAUGUUAUCUUCAGAUUGGUAUGCC